GGCGUUGCCCUCCAACAACACAUCAGCUGCAAAUUUAUGCACAGCAGUGAAAUCUGUGCUGCUGCUGCUGAGAAGAAGGAGAAGAAGAAGAAGACGCAAACGGAGGCUGCAGCGGGCAUCACGGCAACAAAAAGCCCGGCAGGCCGCUGAGUCUGUCGGUGUGGUUCUGCAGCGGGUCGCCGGUGCAGCAGGAGGCGGAGAAAGACGCACCGCUGACGCAACCAUGGAGACGGAUGGAGAGCAGAACCAGCAGGGGGCCUCGACCAAUGGGAGCGCUGCGUCUGGGACGAGUUCCCGCCCCUCUCCGAUGAACUCCAUGUCUCUGUAUGAAAGGCAGGCGGUACAGGCCCUGCAGGCGCUACAGAGGCAGCCGAAUGCGGCUCAGUACUUCCAGCAGCUGAUGCUGCAGCAGCAGAUCAACAACGCCCAGCUUCAGAACCUGGCCGCUGUGCAACAGGUGAAGGCGACUCUGGCUGCCAGCCGUCAGUCGAGUCCUUCCAGCAGCAGCUCUUCUCAGACCACCAGCACCACAGCUGCCAUCGUAACGUCUGGAUCAGGAUCUACGACCAGCAGCCGUCCCAUGGGAGCCUCAGCGACAUCCACAAUCAGCCAAUCAGUGCUGCUGAGCGGGACGGCAGGUGGACAGGGACAAAUGUACCUGAGGGUCAACCGCUCCCUGAGAGCCCCCAUCUCCUCGCAGCUCAUCUUCAUGCCCGGCAGCACGGCAACUGCUGCUGUGGCAACCGUCACCCAGCAACCACAGGCUCAACAGCAGCAACAGGAAGUGACUCCAGCUUCCUCUUCCAGCAGCCAAUCAGAUAACGAUCAGGCGCAGAAUCUGGCCAUGCAUGGUGUGUCCAGUCCCAAAGGAGUGGGUGUUAAGACUGAAGCCCCAGAGAGGAGUGACUCAGCUGCCUACUCUUUGGUCCAGCCCUCCCAUCAACCAAACACCCAAUCCCCCACUAAACCCAGCCAGCCUCAGCCCCAGCCACCACACAUCAAAAUCCCCACCUACCCCCAGCCUGCCAACCUCAAAACCCACUCCUCCUCUUCCUCUGGUGCCUCAUCUUCCUCCUCAUCCUCCACCUCCUCCAUCCCUCUGUCCCAGCUCUUGCUUCACGGGACCCGAACCCUAACCACGGGAACCACAGCUCCCACAGCAGCACACACACUGGUCCUAACGUCCAAUGCAGCGUCCCAGCCCCAUGGUUACCCCGUCGGCACGGCGACCAUUAAACCGGCGGUCAACGCUCAGACUCUGGUGGUGCAGCCUCUGCAGAAAACCUCACUGGGCGCUGAGAAAUCAGGCCACGGAAAUGGACCCAUCCCCAUCCAACCUAAAACUUUGCAGGGGCUCCGCUUACCCCUCCAGCUGCCUUCUAGGAACCCUCCUCCCAUCCUGCCCGCCCCCCCACCGGCCAGCAGCUCCGCCCAGCCUGCCCAAACGCCACACAUCCCGGUGCAGAUAGUGGGGGCCCGGCAGAGCACGCUGGGGAGCGCCCAGGCCCUCGCCCUCGCCCGGGGCAGCUGCAGCCAGGACGGGGCCGCCGUUCUCAGCAGCUCGUCCAGCCUGCUCACCAUGGUGGCAUCCAUCGCCUCCAGGGAGGGUGGGGUCGUGGGCCGGGGGGUGGGGCUAAAGACUCUUCAGUCGCCCCAGGAGGCUCCCCCGUUGGCUCAGGUGUCUCAUGUGCAUCCGCAGGCCAAUCAGAGCUCCGGACAGAGUCAGAACGGAACCGUUUCUUCAAGCCCCGCCUCCUCCCAGUCCUCGACUGUUACGUCUCCGCCCCCCUCGCUGUCCCGCUCCUUGCUCUCGCUCCCCCUGGUGGCUGAAGAGCAGAGAGCAGCAUCAGCCGGUGUGACCACCAAUGGAGACUCAUCAGGAGCUCAGACACCGCAGGGCAAGCAGAUGAGCAAUUCUCUUAAAAGAAAAUCAGACUCCAAUUCAGCCAAUGAUGAGGACGGUCCCUCUCCUCCACGGCUCCAACCCAUCAGAGAACACACCUCAGCACUCCCAGCCAAUCCCGUCGACCCAGGCUCCACUGCUCCUCCUCCUCCUCCAGCUGCCUCCUCUCCCUCCCCGGUGCUGUCGAUGUCCCGCGGGGCCUGCGGUCAGGGCGAAAGAGCUCCUCCUCCUCAAGCUGUGGUUAAACCGCAGGUUCUUACGCACCUCAUAGAGGGCUUUGUCAUCCAGGAAGGGGCGGAGCCUUUCCCUGUGUGUGGUUCGGUGAAGGAUUCGACCGGUGAGGAUUUGACUAAUGACAGUCCGGACACGAACCAAUCUGAGAUGGUUACCACGGCAACAGUGCUGAAGUGUGAGUACUGUAAAAACUUUGCUCCUGCCAGCCAGUUCAGAGGCACCAAAAGGUUCUGCUCCAUGUCUUGUGCCAAGAGUAUGUAUUGGUUCCCCAGGUACAAUGUCAGCUUCAGGCAGCCCUUCAGCGUGCGGCAGCGUCAAGCUCAAAGUCGUGCUCCGGAUCAGGAUCAGAACCAGGGUCACCUCUCCAACUCGGACGAGGAGGGAGGCAUCGCCAGGAGGAGGGUUCCCCGCCGGACCAGCUCAGAGAUAGCCAGCGCCAAGAUAGCAGGGAGACCCAUACCAGCCAAGUGCCGUUCAGAGUCCAGCCAUUCAGACGAAGAGUCCAGUGGGGAGGAGGAUGAAGAUGAGCCCAUGUCCCUCUCGCCUGCAUCCUCAGCUUCCUGCCACCAGCAGCCUCCUCCUGUCCCAACGGAGAGCUCAGCGCCCAGCUGCCUGCCCGCUAGUCCUGCCCAGUGGAGCGUGGAGGAUGUGUCGCAGUUUAUUUCCUCACUACAAGGCUGUGAGGAACUUGCCUCCCAGUUCCUGUCCCAGGAGAUCGACGGUCAGGCUCUGCUGCUGCUGAAGGAGGAGCAUCUCAUGUCCACCAUGAACAUCAAGCUGGGUCCUGCUCUGAAGAUCUGUGCUCACAUUAACAACCUGAGAGACUGAUGUCAGCGUUUCAAUAAAACAAGUCCUGGGCAUUUCCCCGGAACUCCCGUUCUGCACCCAGAUCAGCUGUGAACCCGGUUCCAGAGCAGGUGAAUGUAAGAGACACAGUUCAAUGUGUGCCAGUACUGUGGCUGCAGAGUCCGUUGUUGCUUUGUUCAGUUCUGAACACAUUCUCAAAAGUCACAAUUUGCACAGGAAUAUUGUUGAUUCCUUGCAAAGCUGUCAUGUCUACAAAUGGCCAGCUAUAUUUUGUUGAAGGCGUCUUUUCUCUAAAACUGUUUCUUCUCCCCAAAAUCAGUACCUGCAGUCAUAAGAAGUCUUUAAAAAUGCAUAAAUGAAGGUUUUGAAUGUAUUUUAAACGCAGAAAUCACUUGUAUUGUGUAAUGAGCAAAUGAGGACCAAGUUAAAUUUCCAGUACCUGCACAGGAUUCACACAUUUUAUAAGUUAUCUACAAAGAGAGCUGCUCUUUCCACAGACUCAGGCUGUGACCCACAAUAAUAUCAUUUGUUAAAUCCACCAAACAAUCAAAACAGGAAGGAAAACCUGAAGACACUACUUCUUUUAUUUGGUGAGAGCCUCUAUUGGUUCUCGCCUACUUUAGCACUCGUCUUUUUCUUUAACAUGUUUUUGAUUAAAGCUUCAGUCAGCACCGAAUCCGAAACACUAAAACUCAUGCAAACACGUGGAUUCAGUUAAAAUCACCUAGAAAUCGUAUCAAGUUUGAGGAUUUUUUUUCUUACCAAAAAGUAUUUUGUAAGAAAAACGUUCAUUAUGCUGUUGAUCUUUAAUGUCAUGUAUGUUAAAAAAAACGAGUACUUUCAUGUUAUAUAGUCAGAAUAGGUGGCAUCGUGUGUACAUGGUGGCACUUUUAUUUUGAAAGUGGUUCUAUUCUACAACUUACAGGGUACAGUGAGAGUACAGGGUACUGGCUGCAAUAGAUGCCAGACCAGAGUCCAAAUGAAACCCUAGUCCCUCAAGGUUCAGAGAGUAUUUCAUAUUUUAAGUAGGGCAAAAAACAAACAUAUUAUUUUACCCUCUUUUUCUAUACAGAGCACAUCAGUGGCCGACACUGCUGCAGAAUGCUUUUCCAAAAAACAGUUUUACAUCCAGAGUUGUACACUCAGCCUUUUUAAGCUUUUUACCAGAGGACUUACUGGAGGCUCUGAUUAUUUAUUCGUCAGCCAUUGUCAAGAUUGUUGUUUUAUUCAGACGGUACGACCAGCUGCUCCCGGUCUGUGUGACUGUACAUCAUGGUACAUUUAACAGAAAUCUUGAAUGAUUAUAAGCUGUUGAUUUGUCUUUUAAGCUGUGUUCAUGAACAAAAUGAGAAAGUCCGUAAAGAAAACGGCCAAUUACCACACAUGGACCUAAAAACAACAACAUCAUGCCUGAAGUAAUGACUGUGUGAAUGAAAACUGUUAACUAUACUGUAUUAAGUGUAAAAUUUGCCUUUAUAUUUAAAUGCACAUUUGUUUGCUGGACUGCCUUGUUUAAGCUUUUUACUGUAGGAGUUUUCUCAUGUUCUCUCUCUGUGAACCUCGUGGCCUUUCUCACUAGUCUCUACAGUAGAUUUAGAUGAGGAUUGUCUGUUUUUUAACUGCUUUUCAUAUCAUUCCUUGUUUUAUAUUAGUGCUUACUUUUUUACGAUUGUUAUUUCAAGCAAUGACAUCCGUUGCCUUUCCCAAAAAGCGUGACUGAAUAGUAGCUACCUUGAUCAAGGAAACUUGCUGUCUUCCUCAUAGCUUUGUCACAUAGCGUGUAACUACCAACAGUAUUUACCUUUCUAGCUAGCUAUCUUUGGCUUUAUUGUUAGUGACUGUGGCUAUUACAGUAUUUUCUUUAAAAAAGAAUAUUAAUCUUUGAUAGCUGUGUGUUUAUGUUUCAGUCUCCCCACGAUUUUGGAGUCUUUAAAUCAGCAGGACCCUCCGCAUAUUGUGAAGACCAAAAAAAACAACAACAAAAAAAGCAGGACUUGAACCUCACUGUGAGUGAUGUGAGCCACAAUUUACUGCUGUGAUUGCCUGCAUAACAUUUGUUAAUAAGCAGACCUUUGCAACUUUAUUCCUUUGAUCUUCACUCUCCCAAAAAGUAGCACUUUUCUCGCAGAAUAACAGUAGAUUCUGCAAAAGUUGUUUUUUUUAUAUAAAGAAGCUACUUUGGAAUCAGAUGUGUUUGCUUGCAAUAAUCAGAAAAACUGCAACAUCUUGGAGGAUCUGAGUGUGACAAGGAGAGGUUAAUACUAUCAUGCAAAUAAAUAAUCAAUGAACUGUUUUAAAA